AUGGAAGGCCUCACUAUUGAACAAGAAUAUGCCCUUAGCCAUAGCCUCAAUCCAGUUCAAGAACAAGCCCUUCGUCAGGCGAGCAUCAUUCGUCCCUCCCAGGAACCUUCAAAACGGGAGGUAUCGUCAUUCUUCUUUAACCCACCAACGGGCAACAGCAAUUCUCCUCGAAACCCCACUUACUGCGCCUCAGUGCGCUUUUGCUCCUACAGUGACUCCAAACACAACCAAUGGUACGAAUUCCCUACGGCGUAUGAGAGUUCAGCGGCUCUCGAGCAUAUUGGAUUUACACCAGCUGCUGCCGAGGAGAUCUUCCAGAAUUACCUCGAGAGACCUUCCCCCAAUGAGAAUCCAGACUCUUUGCUCGACUACGCAUAUGGACACAUGGCCCGACCCAGGCUUCCCGACGAUCCCCGCCAAAUGAUGACUGUUUUUGGCAUCCGAACGGACAUUCAAGACGCAAUUCUUGACCCCGCUUUUGAGCAAAUCUUCGAGACUGAGACAUUAAAGUUCUGGAUCAGAGACACAUUGCGCAUCAACUACUGGACGCUGGAGAAGGUCCUAACAGAUCUGGUAGAUCAUGCAAAAUUACUACUGGCCACAAAGGAAGAUAAUGAUACUAAAGUCGAUGAUUCAAUUUCGUCCAAGCCGUCCGCUGAGUCUUCCAUCCCCACUCGCGGCGAAUAUCCAUGUGUUAGACGAUGGGCCGGUACUUUCCCACAAGAACAUGUUAGCAUCGACGACACAGUACAGCCUACGCCUCCCGGCUUUCAUGUCCUGUACAAAGGUAGAGCGCAUGAAGAGGAGCAUUAUCGGUCUUUCAUAUCCGAGACCGGCGAACUUGAUUUCAGUGUGAUUCGCAUCUGGGAAGGCGGAGACUUCAACCCUUGGGACGACGCUGUGUACUUUGCGACCGACCGGGAGACUGCUGAGAUGUAUCGUGGAUAUGCAGCCUUGAGAUGUAAACACUCGGAAACCAUGAUAAUCCGACUCUUGGUUCCUGAUACCUUCGUAGCAUCUCUAGACAAGGAAGAAAUCUUGUAUUCAGAAGAUUGGAAGACAUGUGUCUGGGCCGGCCGGAAGGGAUGCGACUCGUUGCCAUCAAAGUUUGAUGACUUCUACGACGCAGAGCUGGUAGUCGGACAUGUUUCCAAAGCCACGAGCGAGAUAUUCAACGAGAUGAAACUAGGAGAUGUUCAGGAGAGGGUCUCUGAGGGCCAUGUCUUGAUCAUCUCUUCUGGAAAAGCAGUUCAGUGGGCAUUCUUAGGCAAAGACGUAAGGAAGCGUUUGGGUGCAGAGGUUAAGGGACGGAUACACAUUGAUGUCUUUGCUCCCCGCCAAGUCGAAUGCACAGAAUUAGGUGAACCAGCAACUUAA